CAAAUAAUUCCACAUUUUGCUAAUAAGUGUUCGUAUAGCAAAGUAAGCGGACGGAGUAUCAGUCGCGAAAUGUUUCUGUGAUUUGAAAUUUCACUCGUCUUAUAAUUUUAUCAACAAUAGACCAAAGCAAUACAAGUGCGAUGGCGGAAACCCUGAAUCAUUACGAAAGACUUUCGAAUUGCAAUCCCUCUCAGCGGUCUGUCCUUCAAACAAAUCCUCAAGUCUCAGAUUUGGAUAUAAUAAACACUACGUUAAAAAAAACUGGGGAUUCUUAUUCUCUUUCAAGUGCCUCAAGCACUAAUUCGGAUAGUAGUGACGAAAUACCAAUUGACGAUUGCAAAACACCCCCUCAGGAUGGUACGAUUCCUCAGACGAUCAAUGAUAAGGACACUUUGACUCGAAAACUGAGGUCACUAUCUGAUGGUCAUGCUAAGGAAUAUAAUACAGAUGGAGAAUUUCAGGUUUUUCCAAGUUUACCUGAUUCAGUUUUGCAGAAAUUGGGACUAACCGGAGAAAAUACAGGGAUCAGAUUAAGCGAGCAAGAGAUGGAGGAAAGAUUCAUCGCUUUAGCUUUAGCUUUCUCUAUAGACGCAACAACUAUAACUGAUAGAUGGGAACGACAACAAAGGUUUCGAGAUCAAACGGAAAUAAACUUCGCCAAUGAAAUUGACAAACUUAUUGAAAAGGUGCACAAGAUUCAGCCGCUAUGCGUGGACGCAGAAAGAGCAGAAUUAUUAACAAAUCUUUUAGCACAAACCGACAUAGUGGUAAAAGCAUCUUCCCAUGCUACAAUCGCAGCUGAAAGAUUUGGUGCUGUCCAACAUGAACAUCGUCUUGCUCAAGCUGCCCACCUAAUGAUCAAUUACGUAACUGCAUUAAAACAACAAAGAGAUUCAGCUCGAAAACAACUCCAGUACACGAAGAGAGUGCUGCAACACACCAACUCAACUGAUUCGAUGAUUGUGAACAAAACACGAGUUUCACCUACCCAAACAUCAAAUGGUAACAAAAAUGUUGCUACUCGAAGAAGAGCGAGUAUCGCCACAAUUACUCAACCUUUUGAGGGCAAUUUAGCAGUGGGAAAAGGAGCUAAAUUUACCCGUAGAACAUCAGAUUUAAGUAGCAGAUUAACUACUUUGGCAAGGUCAUCAAGACUAAGCCGUUUAGAAUUAGGAGUUGAUCUGUCUAAAAUAAAAGAAGGCAUAGAAGCAGCAAGUCGGGCCAAUUCGCAAGAAGAUAAAAGCAUGUCCGAAAAUGAGUCGGAAGAUGAAGAUUUAGAAGAAACAAAAAACGCAGACAGUAGUGAAGAAUUUGAAGACAUAGACAUAUCCAACUUCACAAAAAAAGACAAGGUUGUCUACACAGUCAGAAAAUUCUACCAUAAAAUAAAAAGCAAAUACACAACAUGGGCUAAAAAUGGUGUGCUACAUGAAAUUUUUUCCGUAGGCGGAAUUAUUUGUUUCUCUCUAGGACUUAUUACGUUGGGAAAUUUAAUGAUCGAAAUAGAGUACGCUCAACGCAAAAAUAUAUAAUACGGUGCGCAAUUCAUGUUUUCCUGCCAAAGAUGAAUAUUGUACAUUUAAUUUAUUGAUAAUAAACUCAAUCUGUUGAUU